GUGUGUGUGUGUGGAGUUGUGCGAAACCGGAAAAGUAGCAACUGCUACCAAGGACAGGCACACGUACGCGGAUGCUAAUGCAUAGGCGAAUGCGGACAUUGCCCUAAGCUUCAGCACACAACAAAAAUGCGUCUGUUGCAGCUGUUUUUGGCGCUGUCGCUGCUGUGCGGUGCCAUCUCCUGUGCCAAUAUCCUGGCCGUGCUGCCCAGCGUCUGGAAGUCGCACUAUCUCUUUGGACGACGCCUGCUGCAGGAGCUCGUGGCCAGUUCACGGAAUCAUUCGGUCACGCUUAUCAGUCCGCAUGCCGUGGAGGCGGGUGGAAUGGAUGGCGAUGUGGAGCUGCCAAACAUCAGGGAAAUACGCAUUGAAGGGCUCAAGGAAAACUGGGUGGGCAUGGGCAUGAGUUUCGAGCCGGAACAGAUGCGCGCACAGAGUGUGAUGGAGCGUUUUACGCGUCUCAUCUAUGCGGGCACCACCAAUGUGGAUCUGUUGCUGUCGGAUCAGCAGGUGCGAAAGCUGCUGACCAGCGGCGAGCAGUUUGAUCUUUUGAUUGUUGAUUUGUUUCUAAGCGAUGCCCUCUUGGGCCUGGCGUACUACUAUGGCAUACCCACCGUUGCAAUCAGUCCCACCGGUGCCAAUUCCUGGCUAAACAACAUGUUCGGCAAUCCACAGUCCUCGUCGUUGGAUCCGAGUAACUUUCUGCCCUUCACCGAGCGCAUGAAUACGCAACAGCGCAUCGUCAAUAGCCUGAUGAGCACCUUCGAGCGUCUGACCUACAACUUCUUUCAAUUGAUCUCCCAGCAGACAGUCUACUCAAAGCACUUUGAGCUGCUCGUACAGGAAUUGCCGCUGUAUCGGGAUCUCACUAAGAAUCUCAGCUUGGCUCUGAUUAACUCCCAUCCCGGCUUGAGCUAUCCGCGUGCCUAUCUGCCCAAUAUGCUGGAGGUGGGUGGCCUGCACUUGACGCCUCGCACGGACCAACUCCAAUUGCCAAACCAUCUACUUUCCUUUAUGGAGGCUGCAGCGGGUGGUGUCAUCUACAUGAGUCUGGGCGCCGAUGUCCAGACAGCGCAGCUGCCCAGCGAAAAGUUGGCCAUAUUCAUGGAUGUUUUUGGUCACCUCAAGGAGUUCCAUUUCGUGCUCAAGUGGGAGAACGAGGAUUUUGUAUCGAAUCUGGAGCUGCCGGAGAAUGUGAUGAUUGCCAACUGGUGGCCACAGCAGGCCAUAUUGUCGCACUCUCUGGUGAAGCUGUUCAUCAGCAGCUGCGGCCAGUUGAGCGUUUGGGAAUCCAUAAUGGGAGACACGCCCAUUCUGGCCCUACCCAUACUGGCCGAACAGGAGGUGAUGGCCAAGCGUCUGCAGCUGCAUGGCGUCGCGCUGACGGUCAACUACGAUGCCAUAGUCUAUGAUGCUCUGCUGCAUGGCAUCCGGCAGCUUACGCUGAACACCAGCUAUGCGGAGAGCUUGGCCCAACUAAAGAAACGUCUAGUGGGUGGUCCCUCGCCCUCCGCUCUGGCCGUCGGGCAAAUUGAGCUCAUUCUGGACUCGGGUGGCGCGGAUUUCCUGAAGUCCCAUGCAAAUACUCUGAACUACUGGCGAUUGGAGGGCCUAGAUGUGCUCGUGAUCAUCACCAUUGGCUUUGUUGGCAUUCUGACGGUGCCCUUUCUGGUAAUUUCUUGCAUCCUACGCAAAUCCUACUACAGCGAGACGUGCCAGCAGCCGCCCUAUCGGUCCACACUCAAAGUUGUGGGCAGGGUUCAUAGCUAUGGCGAGCCAGGACAUUUCUCUACAGCCACGUCAACAGAGCCACUGAGACGCACGCGCUCGGCCCAGUCGCUUUCGGCGCGCUCCAGCUCCUCGAGCUUCAGCUCCACAACAACAGCAUCUACAACACCGUUGGAUAUGACACCACCGCCACCGGUGGCGCAACUGCUGGGGCAUGUGCCGUCGCCAUUGCAGCUGUAUGUUAAUCAACAGCAGCACCAGCAGCAGCAGCAGCAACAGCAGAAAUACUCAAAGAAAGCAUCACAAGAUGACAACACAGAACGAAGGUUUUCAUAG